CCUCUGCUCUGACCAGCUAGCAGGGGCGCCCACUAACUUCAGUCUGCUUUAGGGAUGUGUUACUAACCAACGCAGUCAUCUCAAGCCCAAUACACUGACCCAAGUGCCGAAACUUUAGCUAAAACUUCCUUUGACUUGAAUACUCGCCUCCUGGAGAAGAGGAAAAAGUUGUUGAAGAUUCACUGUCUUAUUUGACUUUAAUAGCUCGGUAUAGUGCUUCUCGUCACUUUUGUCGGCGCUGUGCGGAAAGCAAAGUACAAUAUUUUAACUGGGAAUCUUUUCCUUUCUUAUUUGAAAUUCUUACUUUUGCCGUUGAUCGUUCUCGACUCGUGAUGGUCCUCCUGUCACUGAGCUUACUUUUAGUAGGAGUUGUAGUGAGUCUGACUUCAGCCGACCUGGCUGGUGAAGUAGAUAAAGCAGAGUUCCUGAAGAGCCGGCUGAAGGAGUACGGCCUCAUCACCCCUAUCAGCACCGACUCCGAAGGCCACUACCUGUCCCACCUGCUCUCGGCCAAUCACAAGCACCGUGUGAAACGGGACGCCGCGCCAACAACCGCCGCAGGCUCCGAGGGGGGGCCCGAGCCGGAGAGCGGCGAGAGGCUCUUCUUCAAUGUCACGGCCUUUGGCAAGGAGUUCCACCUGCGGCUGUACCCCAACCGGAAGCUGGUGGCCCCCGGGGCCAUGGUGGAGUGGCACGACCAGGUGGAGACCGUCCUGGAGGACAACGGCAACUCCACCACCACCACCACCACACGGGGGGCACCUGGGAAUCGCACCUCCUCCAGCAUCCGCACUGACCGGAUACUGAACCGGGAGCUCCUCAAGACGGAUUGCACCUUUGUGGGCGACAUCACAGACGUGCCGGGGGCGUCCGUGGCCAUCAACAACUGCGAUGGUCUGGCGGGCAUGAUUCGCACGGACGCAGAUGAAUACUUCAUUGAGCCUCUGGAGCGGGGAGCGCAGGAGCACGAGGAGAGAGGAAGGGUGCACGUGGUCUACAGGAGGUCGGCCGUGCGCCAGGCUCCCUCCGACAUCUCUGUCGACUACCAGCUAGACGAGCAUGAGCAUGAGUUGAGCGUGCCCGGUAUGGUGGAGCGCGUGGCUAAGCAGGUGAACCAGACGGUGCGGGCGCGGCGGGGGCAGCGGCAGAGGAAGCGGCGCCACGCGGGCGAAGAGGACUACAACAUCGAGGUGCUGCUGGGAGUGGACGACUCGGUCGUGCGUUUCCAUGGCAAAGAGCACGUGAUGAACUAUCUGCUCACCCUGAUGAACAUAGUCAACGAGAUCUACCACGAUGAGUCACUGGGUGUUCACAUCAACGUGGUGCUUGUGAGAAUGAUCAUGCUCGGCUACUCCAAGUCCAUCAGCCUGAUCGAGAGGGGCAACCCGUCGCGCAGCCUGGAGAACGUCUGCCGCUGGGCCCAUGUGCAGCAGAAGGAGAACCCUGACCACUCCGAGCAUCAUGACCACGCCAUCUUCCUCACGCGCCAGGGCUUUGGGCCCACGGGCAUGCAGGGCUACGCCCCCGUCACUGGCAUGUGUCAUCCGGUCCGCAGCUGCACGCUCAACCAUGAGGACGGCUUCUCCUCCGCCUUUGUGGUGGCCCAUGAGACCGGUCACGUGCUGGGCAUGGAGCAUGACGGCCAGGGUAACCGGUGUGGGGAUGAGACGGCCAUGGGCAGCGUGAUGGCUCCUCUGGUGCAGGCCGCCUUCCAUCGCUACCACUGGUCCAUGUGCAGCGGACAGGAGCUCAAGAGAUACAUCCACUCCUACGAUUGCCUCUUGGACGACCCUUUCAAGCACGACUGGCCCCCUCUUCCCGAGCUGCCAGGCAUCAACUACUCUAUGGACGAGCAGUGCCGCUUCGACUUCGGAGUAGGCUACAAAAUCUGCACCUCGUUCCGCACCUAUGACCCCUGCAAACAGCUGUGGUGCAGCCACCCCGACAACCCCUAUUUCUGCAAGACCAAGAAGGGGCCGCCUCUGGACGGAACCGAGUGUGCACCUGGCAAGUGGUGCUACAAAGGUCACUGCAUGUGGAAGAACGCCAACCAGGUGAAGCAAGAUGGCGUCUGGAGCGCGUGGAGUAAAUUCGGCUCCUGCUCGCGAAGCUGUGGCAUGGGAGUCCGCUUCCGCACCCGCCAGUGCAACAACCCAGCGCCUGCGUAUGGAGGCCAGGACUGCCCAGGCGUGAACUACGAGUAUCAGCUCUGCAACACAGACGACUGCCCCAAGCACUUUGAGGACUUCAGGGCGCAGCAGUGCCAGCUCCGCAACUCACACUUUGAGUUCCAGAACACCAAACACCACUGGCUGCCCUACGAGCACCCGGACGCCCAUAAGCGAUGCCACCUGUACUGCCAGUCCAAGGAGACGGGCGACGUGGCGUACAUGAAACAGCUGGUGCAUGACGGGACGCGAUGCUCCUACAAGGACCCUUACAGCAUCUGUGUGCGCGGCGAGUGUGUGAAAGUGGGCUGUGACCGAGAAAUUGGCUCUAACAAGGUGGAGGACAAGUGUGGCGUGUGCGGAGGCGACAACUCUCACUGUCGAACUGUGAAGGGAACCUUCACCCGAACCCCGAAAAAAGCAGGUUACCUUAAGAUGUUUCUAAUCCCUCCUGGGGCCAGACAUGUGGUCAUUCAAGAACAUGAGGCCUCCCCUCAAAUUCUUGCCAUCAAGAACCAAGCUACGGGCCAUUACAUUCUCAAUGGCAAAGGGGAAGAGGCGAGGUCACGGACGUUUAUCGACCUGGGCGUGGAAUGGAACUACAUCAUCGAGGAGGAUGUGGAGACGCUGCACACUGAAGGGCCACUACACGAUGCAGUGGUUGUCCUGAUCAUACCCAGGGACAACGAGACUAGGUCUACACUGAUGUACAAAUACAUUAUACAUGAAGACUCAGUGCCUGUGAAUAACAACAAUGUCAUUCAAGAGGACACCUAUGAGUGGGCCCUAAAAAGUUGGUCCCAGUGCUCAAGACCUUGUGCAGGAGGGUUCCAGUUCACCAAGUAUGGCUGCCGGAAGAAGGGAGAUAAUAAGAUGGUUCACCGCAGCUACUGUGACGUCAGCAAGAAACCCAAGCCAAUUCGGAGGAUGUGCAACCUCCAAGACUGCACACAGCCUCAAUGGAUUUCUGAGGAGUGGGAGCAUUGCACCAAGACCUGUGGCAGCCUGGGCUUCCAGAUCCGGACGGUGCGCUGCGUCCAGUUCCUGCACGAGGGCACCAACCGCUCCGUCCACAGCAAGUACUGCAGCGGGGAGAAGCCAGAGAGCAGGAGGCCCUGCAACAGGGUGCCCUGCGUCGCCCCCUGGAGGAUCGGCCCCUGGUCCGAGUGCUCGGUGACCUGUGGAGAAGGCGUGUCACGGAGACUAGUGACCUGUCGGGUGGGUGACCAGUGCGGAGGCGAGCGACCCGAAACCCUCCGGACAUGCAGGCCGAGGCCCUGUCAAGAUGAACCCUGCGCGGGGGACAAGUCCAUAUUCUGCCAGAUGGAGGUCCUGGCGCGCUACUGCUCCAUCCCGGGCUACCAGAAGCUGUGCUGCGAGUCCUGCAGCAAGAGGAGAGGCACGCUGGCCCCGCUGCUGUCCGAGGGGGAGGAGGAGGUGCGCUUCGGCUCCGCCUCUCAGCUCCUGGAGACCCUGUCGGCCAACGGGAGCCUGGCUGGCCUGGCAGCGCUCCCAGCUCAGCCCCCUCGUCAGUCCUCCUCCUCCUCCAGGGGAAGCUCUUCCAGUGUGGGGCGCUCCUCCUCCCUGAGAGCGGACACCACCCCCCAGCCUCAGCAGCGGAGAGGCGGGGUGGGCUCGGAGGGCGGCAAGGCGACCCGGCAGACCCCAUCGCAUGGCAGUAAGAGCCAGGCUGCAGCGCCGACGAAGAGAGGGGGGAGUACCGGGAGCGCCGGCGCCAACGGCAGGCGUUCGGACGCUCCCAGCAGCACGGACAUUCGGCGGCUUCCGGCGUUCAGCGAAGUGCAGCGGUGAAGCUGGUUGGCCAGCCUUUCCUGAACUCUUCUUUUGUUUGUAGAUGUACAGCAUUUUUACAGAAAAAACUAAGGCCAUUGCAAGAGAUUAGAUUUGAUUUUUUUAAAAAGAGUGAAAAAAGAGAGAGAGAGAGCGAGAGUAAGAAAAAAAAGUGCUGGUUCACUUUCAGGUCAUGGACCCCAGGCCCACACAUACGUACAUGCAGCGCCCCAAAGAAAAAAGAACCUCACAUGCUUGGUAUAAACACAAUGUCAUUUUGCCUGCAACUGGAGACGGGCACUUUUUAAGAUUUGUAUAGUGUCAUCAGCUUGCACAUCAGUUUAACUCAAAGCGGUACUCUAUAGGAAAAAUGGCUCUGGUUCCAUUGUGUUAACUGGCGUUUAGCGAUGUCAUUGACAGAUUUUGAUAUUUAUAAACAUUUCCUGUACAUACUGUAUAUGUAAAAUAUGUCAGUAUUAUUUUAAAGAAAUCUAAGCUGAGGAUUUUAUAAUAACAGCCGUUGUGUACUUGGUGCUUUUUAUACAUUUAAAAAAAAAAAGCUCUCCAUUCAAGCAUUUUCAAGAAAACAUACUGGUAACUUGACAUGUCUCAGUAUUGGACUAAGCUUAAGUCUAGUGUUCAUUUCCGUGCUGGAUCAGAUUUUUUUUAAAGCAGUUUAUGACCGAUAUGCUAUUAUGCAGCGAGAGUACCUCAUCAGUGCGUACCUCAGUUCAUUCAGGACCAUGGAAACCACAGUGUUAAAGAUACUGGACAUAGGCCUACAUACACUACAAACAUGGGCUUGGUAAGAAUGAAAUAUAUUUGUUAACCCUUUGAGGAGUACCAUCACAAAUACAGUAUGUGAUUAGAAUUUUGCCAAAUUUUUGAGUUCUCAUUAUGAUGUCAUAAGGACUUUGCGAGAUUUUUAAGACAGACUUCUAUGGGAGCUGUACAGUGUUCCAGUAAAAUUCUAGAAGAACUGGGGGAAAAUCCUUACUCCUCAAAGGGUCUAAAGAGAGUUUAUUGUCAUGGAAGUAAAUCCUGUGGCAAGCCGUUCCAGUGUUGAAGUGGAUACUGUAGGCCACAUCUGCAGUGAUCCCUUCUUCACUGACCUUCUCAAACUCACACUGAACUUCCUGCGAAUCUGCACAGUAUUACCUUUAAUGUGUGGUGCAUGCUGCCUGCACCUGGGUUUUUUUUCCAUAACAUGGUCAGUCUCCUGAAGAGCAUGAAGCCAGUGCACUCAUCAGCUGUUGGCUUGACUUUUCUGCUCUCCUGAGUUUCCCUCUACUUGUCGGGGUUCUGUAUUUUGGAACUUGAGGAUUCUCCUCUGGGAGAGAGAUAGUUAUGUUCCAAAACGUGUUCCAUGUUUUUUUAUUAUUUAAAAAAAUGUGCUCAGUCAUUAUUGGACUCGAACCAUGAUGAAGGGUUCAGUAUGUCAUCUGAGCACUCUUGAUCAUUCCGUUACACACAACGAUGGACUUCAUGAAUGUGGAACACGGUUGGCAGACUAUCACACUUUUAUAUUUUCUUUUGAAUAAGGCUAAGAAGGCUAUUUAUUGUUAACAAGGGUUAUAUCACAACCACAAUGCAUCUGACUGCAAUAACGAAAUACCAUUUUUUGUUUUUCUAUUUCAGUGGAAAUCACAGUUCAGUCUCCAGCUCACGCACCAGGUGUGUGACUGUACAGCUCUUGUACAUAGAGAACUUUAAAGUAUUUAUUGAGAGUUGAAGUUCCUAUUCUGUUCAAUGUAUGACAGCAUCUGCCAAAUGAAACACACAAGAAAAGGUUUUAUGGUAAGCAAUAGCCUAUGCAGAAAGCAUUCCUUCUCCUCCUGAAUGUCAACUCUUUUCAGUUGGAUGUGGCUCAAGUCAGAGUUAUGAUACAGUGUAGUUAUAAUUGCGUUUUUGUUGUUGUCGUCGUUGUUGUUGUUGUUAACAUUUUAGAAGCAUUUAAGGAGUAAGUUAAACACAGGACACAUGUUUGUUCGUUACUUGAGAUUAGAUCACCGGAGAAAGCUGUUUUAUCAGUUGUUUCUUUUGUUGUAGUUGUAGUCUCCCUACAGAGCUGCAUAUCAGCGGGUAUUAUCACUGGUAGGCUUAGUGCCCCAAACAAGGCUGUCGUCUCACAGCUGUUUAAAUAGAAGGAGAGAUAAAGUUGUGUCAAACACAGGCAGAGCCAUCCUGUCACGUAGAGAGUAGGCAGGUAUAUCCCCUUACGAACCAAAAAAACGGAAAUGAAAUCCAGUAUUGUAAUAAUAAUGGAUAUCGCCCUGAUAGAGGCAGGUCAAGAAAAGUUGUAAAAAAAAUUGAAAUAGAACAUAUAGACGCCGUGUUUAGAUGAUUUGCAUUAUGUAACAGUAUUGACGUAUGCAGUGCCUGUGUUACAAAUUGUUUCUCGUUUGUUUUUUUACCUAAAUGUUGUUGACUUGCUGCCUACAAAGAAUUGCUGCUAAUAUUAUGCAAAGCUUUCAAAGUUCGAAAAGAUGCUAGUACAUUUAGGUGUUUGGUUGACAAUCCCUGAGCCUCAGACAGAUAUGCUGUAUAGGAUAUCGUAUGUAUCCCUCUACCACCCCUCGCAUUUAAGUAUUCAUGCUCUGACUAGAGUAAUUUCUCAUUUCUAUUUGCUUGCAGUUUUUUUGUAUUUUUUUUUAGAUUAAAAUGGAAGUGUACACUACUGAAGCUGUUUGUUGUAAUGGGGAGCACAUAGCAAUAAAGAAUAUACUAAACCUUA